AAUUUGAAAAACGAUUAAAUAAACUGGUCGAAUGAUUUAUGAAUAACGGAUUCUUCUAUGGUGAAAACUCAAAGUGAUUUCUAAUUAGGAGUUAUAAUACGUGAAAAAUUUGUAUACAAUAAUAUAAGUUAUAAGUUGAAAAAGUUAAUUUUAGUGAACAUUAGAUCAUUUUAAAGAAUAUCCUGUAAUCAUGAAAGGCAAUAAGAAAAAUUAUGAUAAGAAAAAAAACAUGCUUUCUAUAAUACAUAUUACAAAGAAACAUAGUAUAAAUGAACAUGUAAUAAAAGAUAAAAAGUAUUUCAAUACGGCUAUUGCAUUAUCUGACACUACGUAUUCUAUAAAACAUGGAGAGAUACAAACAUGCAAUAGUAAUAUAAAAAGAUUGCAAAAAAAUUUAUGUAAGCCUGUAUCAGUAGUAAUUCAACGUUUAUCUCAAGAAACGUUUAAGAAAUACUUGUAUACUACAAAGAAUCAAUAUAAACCUAAAAGAAGCAAUAAGACAAGAAGUAUUAUACGAUCUAAAUAUAAACAGAUUGAUAUUUUAUCAAGAAAAUUCAAAAAACAAACGCUACAAUUAAAUAAUGACAUUAGUAAUAUUUUUGAUACAAAUAAUAAAUCUGAAAAUACUUCUUUGAAUUUCACAAAUAAUAUUUGUAUUGAUGAAUCAGAUAAUGACAAAAAAAACGAUGACCAAAGAAUAAAUAAGAAAGAGGUUUUAAAAAACGUCCAACCUGUUGUGGUGUUAUCAAAUCAAGUAGAUGAGAAUAAAUUAAAAAGUAUGAAAAAUGUUCAAAAAACUUCGGAGCAUUUACUUUUUCCAGAAAAUAUCAUAGAUAAUAACUGUAAACAAAACAGUUAUGCACAUGAUGAUACAAAAUCUGUUUAUUCUUUGCUAAAGAUGAAUGAUGAACUGCCUCCUAUAAAAGAAGCAGAUAAAAAUGAAAAAUAUUUAGGCAAAUGGAAAUAUAAAAGAAAAUAUAUGUCUCAUGAAGAAUCGAAUGAUAUAUUGAAUUCUGUAAAAAAUCGAAAAAAAAGAAAGAAAAAGAUCAAAUUACAUCAUAAAGAUCUUGAACAAACUAUAGUCUUAAAUAAUUUUAAAUCAAUUGAUAAUGAAGUUACAAUAAAUAACUUAAACAUUACUGAUUCAAAAGUAAUGUUAACUAAACUAGAAAAUGUGUAUGAUAAUAAAUAUAUUAUAAACUGGAAAAAGAAAUGUCCACAACAAUUUCUUUUGUAUCAAAAUUCACAGUUUAUUGAACAGCAGAAAGAUUCUCCUAUAAAUAUAUUACCUACAAAGACUAUAGAUAAUUCUAACAAAGAUGUUACAAAAGAUAGUGAAAGUAAUAUGAAUACAGAAAUUGGAUUAAAUUCAUGUAUUUUACCAUUAAAGUAUAAACAGCCUAAAAAUUUAAAAGUUCUCUUAGUGAAAUUAGAAAAAUUGGGAAUUCCUCUUAAAGAACAAAAUUUAGUUUCAAAAGUAGAACAUUCAACAGCACAGUAUAUUGAUCAUUUUAAAAUGAACUUCUUUAAUCAUUCCAGUGAUAUACUUGUUCGUAAUGAAUGUGAAGUUAGUAGUACAAAUAAAGAAAGUAUUGAUGAAGCUUUAACACAAUUGAAUCCUUCUGAAAAAGAAAAUAAUAUAAUGAUCAAACAUCCUUUAUCCAAAUAUGCUGAACCAAAUCCAUCAAUUAUACAAUUGGAACAUAAUUGUUCUUCUCCAAAAAGGAUUUUACAGAAUGUAUACAAUUUAGAAAAAUUUUCAGAGAUAUCUUCAUGUUCAUCUGAAAAGUCUAAUGUAAAUAUGAAAUAUCCAGGAAUAUGUACACCAUCAAUAAAUGAAAUAGAAGGAAUAUCUAAGUCAUCAAAAUCACCACGGAUUAUCCAGGAUGAAAUUAUUUCACCAAAAAUGUCGCUAUUAAAAACGCCUUUACAAAGAUAUUUAGAUAGAGUUCCCUUAAAUUCUUCUCCAACAGAAGUUAAUUCAUUAACUAUAUCAGAUGAAACGUUACAAAGAAAUACAAAAUUAAAGGAAACUCAGACAUUACCAUCACUGAUUUCAAAACAGAACGUUUUUUCAAAAAAAUGUGAUGAGACAUUAAAACUGACAAGUGAAAUUGAUUGUGAAAAUUCAACAAUUCUACAGAAUAAUGAAAAAACUCUGAUUGAUAAUGACAAACAAAAUACAUUAGAAAAAAAUACAGAUCAAGAAUUAAGUCAAAUAGAAGAUUUACCACUUUUCAUUGUUGAUGAAAGUUCUAAUAUAAAUUGUUUAACAAAUGAAUCAACAACCUCUAUUUUAAAAGAUACUGCUACAAAGGGUAUGUCUGUAGAUAAUAUUUCAACUGAAUCAAUAAUAUUACAUGAUAUAGAAAACAGUAUAAAAGAUAUUGGUUUAUUGAACGAAUCUUUAAUAAAUAAGGAUUCUAAAAAGAUAAUUUCUAAUGGUGAUGUAAAAACGAAAACAGAUGUUAGUAAUAUAACAGAUGUUAGUAAUACAAACUUACCAAAAAAUGUGCAAACAAAAGAAGUUAAUAUACUUCAAUCAAAUAUUAUUACGUCAGAUAAUACUAUUCCUUAUGAAUGUAUUGCUUGUGAUUCAUCCUUCAUAGAAUUUAAAACACUUCAAUCACAUCUAAAGAAAUGUUUGAAGAAAAGAAAAAAUAGUGUAAAUGAUAACAAUGUGGUACUUAAAGUGUCUAAGGAUAAUGACAAUAUCCUAGAUAUAUGUAGUGAUAAAACAGAAUCAAAUUCACAGGAACUCGAUAAUAGUAGUUCAGUAUUGUCAACAUUUCCCUCGAUGAUUUCCUCGAUUUCUAUCAAUUCUAAAAUUAAAACAAAAAAACUUAAUCAUGAAAAUCAACAAAAGGACAAACAUUCACGUCGUAAAGUAUUCAAAUACAAUAAUAAAAAUACUCAAUGUACUGUCUGUUUAGAAGUCUUUGAUUCAAUAAUAAGUCUCUCAAAUCAUAUUUAUAGCCAUACUGAAAAAGAAUUGCAAAAAGCAUAUCAAAUUGCCAAAAGCAAACAGGGAUUGAAAAAUGGAAGUGAUAGCAAUAUUACUACUGAUUCAAGUGAAAAAACACAAACAUCUACUAGUGAAUCUUCAAGCACAUUACCUGUAGAUAGUACGACGAUCGAAUCAUUGCAGUCUGAUAUGGAAAAUGAGAAAGUUGAAAAUAUAACAAACGAAAUUAUUUCAAAGGAAAAAAUGAAAUUAAAUGAAAAUCAAUCGAAAGAAGUAGAAAAUUCUUUGGAACCAUCGACAAUAGAAACUAAUAAAGAAGUAUCAAUGACAAUUUCUACAGUUCAUAAAAGAAAUUCAAUCAAAUUUUGUGCAUGCCAUAAAAAUGAAUUUGAAAACAAACCAUCUAUUGAACUAAUUUUACUUUGUAAUAUCUGUAAUAUUUUAUUCCAAACCAGGGAAUGUUUUGAAGCCCAUUUUGAAAACGAGGAGACAUAUUUAUGUAACACGAAACGAUUAACUAGUAGAGAACCAAAAUUGUAUUGCAGUAUUUGUCAAGUAAUAUUGUAUUCAUUUAUUGGUAUGCGUCAACAUAUGGAAAAUCAUUUAAAAAAUUUUCAAAGUAUCAAACUGUUUUGUCAUAUUUGUAAGAUACGUUUUAUUGGUAUGGGUCCUAUAUUUAAUCUACACUGGUUCAAUCACAUAAGAAAUGUUUGUUAUGUAGCUUCUAUGUCAAAUUUUCCUAAAAUAUCGAUAGUGGAUUCGACAAGUGAGGAAUGGUCAAUUAUUACUUCAGAUCAAUUCAAGUAUCUUAUAGUGACAGAACAUAUUUGCGAUGUUUGUAAUGCACAGUGCUUUUCGAAGAAUCAAUUAAAAAUUCAUAAGUCAUCUUGUACAGAAAAUUCAAAAUUACCUAGCAUAGUGCCUGCAAAUGAUCACAAAAAUCAAAGUAUUCACUCGAAAUUAAAUUUACAUUUGUCUUGUAAUAUUUGCAAUCUCACAUUUUCACAAAAAUCUUUGUAUGAAGAGCAUAUUGCAACUCAUAAAAAUAAUUUGCGAUCACAAUACAUUUGUUCGUCAGCAACUGAUAUAAAAAAGACGUAUUUCUGUAAUAUUUGUAAAAACGUUUAUGAAAACUUAAAGGAAUUCAUGAUACAUUGGCAAAAACAUAAUAUGAUACGUAAGAGUCUCAUGCAUAAUCAAGCCAAAACAGAUUUCUCCAAUCUGAAAUCAUAUUUAGAAAAUUCAAAGGAAUACAAUACAACAAUAAUAAAUAAUACUUCCUGUCAAGUGACUAAUCACAAAAUGGAUUUUACUUGUAAGAUUUGUAAUUUAACUUUUGACUCAAGCGAAGCUUUACAUAAACAUAUUUGUACUCGCAAUAAGGAGUUUCCAAAUUUGAUCACAGUUCAUUCAAAUAAUGCAUGCAAUGAUUCAAACGAACAAAAAAUUUCUUCGGUAUAUCCGACAGAAUUAGAGCCUAAUUUAAUAAAACCUAUGAUUAUUUCUGCUCAAUUAACGAACGAAAUAAAGACAAAUGAUAGCGCAGAUCCUGUAAAUGAGAACAUACUCGAAGUAAUUGAAAACGAAAAUUCUACGAUCAACCAGACAAUUGAUUCAUCGAAAUCAUUGACAAAUUCAAAAUCAAUAGAAUCUGUUAAAACUGAAUUUGAUGAUAUAUCUGUGAGUGACAAUCGAAGUACUAUUGAUCAAGAUUUAGAAAGUCUUUUAUCGAUCAGCGAUGUGAAAACCGACGACUCGAACGUAACCGAAAUUAAUUAUUUUGUGAAAAACAAUAAAUCAUCUACUUUUAUGAAUAAAUCAGAAGAGAAGGAAAGAACAACUGCUUGUAACGUAAAUAAUGAUUUGGAUAAGUGUGAUAAUAUAAAAGAUUCAAACAACAAAAACACAGUGAUAGUUAAAUCAACUAUUGAUUUGAAAAAGAAGGAUGUUCUUGUUAACAAUCCUCCAUUAUCUGAAAACAUUAAUAUAAAUGAAACACAGGAUAAUGUUAAGCCGGCAGAACUUAAAAUCUCAGAGAAAAAUCAGAAUAACUUCAAAGAAACCGUGAAACCGACGACCUUUCAAUCAAAUAAUUCUACCGAAACGAGUGAAGAGUCGGUAAAGACUAAAAAAUACUUACGCGUAAAGAAUAUUUCAGAAUUGAUAGACCAAAAGUUAAAAUACAAUUCUUAUAAUAAAAAUGGCCAAGAUGGAAAUGCUGAUAUUCUAACAUCUUCAUCUGUGGCCAUGGAUUUGUCAAAUCAGAAACAAACUAAGAAUUUAAACAUCGAGCCACAUCCAGUUAUAAGAGAAUUAAAUACCAAACAGAACUCUGUACCGGGCUCUUCGAAAGCUUAUAAAAUGAUUAUUAUAGAUCAUUCACUUACUGAAAAACAAGCGGUUUACGUUCCUCAUUAUGAAUCAAACAGCCCGAAACAGGGCUUUGUUUGUUCAGGAUCACUAGAAAAAACAACGUGUAUACCAGCACCACAAUCAAGACAAGAAGCAACAUCACAAUCAGGACAAAAAGCAGCAUCAAUACUAAAACCACAAUCAGGACAAAGAGGAAUACCAAUGUCAGUACAACAAUCAACACAUAGAGCAACACCAGAAUCAGGACAAAGAACAACACCAAUACCAAUAAUACCACGAUCAGGACAAAGAAUAACACCAAUAUCAAUAAUGCCACAAUCAAGACAAAAAGCAACAUCAAUACCAUAUUCAGCACAAACAACAACAUUAAUACCAGUACCAUAUUCAGCACAAACAGCAACAGCAAUGCCAAUAUUACGAUCAGCGUUAUCAUCAUCAGUAACACCUUUUAGGGCUCCUUACACAUCUCAAUCACAAGUUUCUAACGUUCAAUAUGCAAGUGUCAAACCAGUUACUACAAACCCAUAUACAAUGAAUCCAAGAAUAAUUAAAGCUGUUACGUAUGUUCCAUCGUUAAUAAUACAACCACAAAAUGUGUCUCACAAUCAAAGCACAUUAAUUGCCUCAUCGUCAUCGAUCUUGACGAAUUCUUCAGCUAAUAAUUAUAUGAAUAAUACUUAUGUGGCUCAGAGAGAUAACAUUGCAUUAUGUAAGACUACAUCUACAUCCAUGAUAUCCAAUUUACAGUUAGCAAAUAAUUUUUCUAACCAAAAUAUGCGGAUGGGACAACCGCAUGAUACUCAUAGUACAGUAAAGAUGCAGAAUGCAGUUCAUAAUACGUGUAGUAAUAGAACAGCCAAAGUAAUGUCUGUCAACAUGAGAUCACGGAAUAGUAUAGAAUUAUAUACGAACAAUGAAAUCUCUAGUCUUCCAGUGUCAUCUGAUCAUAAUUAUUAUUAUAAUACUUCUAAUGUCAAGUAUUCUUCCACGAAUGUAAGAAAUUUGAAUAUGAUGCAAAUGCAAUAUUCUAAGCAAGAUAAUAAUCUGACAAAUAACGGGAUUAGUGUACAAAGACAAUCGAAUAAUCUAUUGCAAAUGUCCACUGUCUGUCAGCCAGUUGUCUCAGAUUCUCAUUCUGUGAUGUCUCUUCAACAACCACAUGUUCAUGAUCAGCCUAGCACAAAUGUAGGAAGUUCUCAAUUUAUGCAUUCUUUAUAUACAUGUAAAUUUUGUCCAAAGCCGUUACACUUUUCAACGGUAGAAGAGCUUGAUUAUCACUUGAAUCUUUAUCAUAAAUUUUUCUGUAGUAUUUGUAACGUACGUUUGUACAGUCCAACUGAAAUAGAUAUUCAUAAGUUGAAGCACGAAUCAUUGUUGUUAUAAAGUAUGUUUCAUAGUUGAAGCUUAAACGAUAUCUUUGCAAAUGCUCGAAGCGGUGAAACAUGGUAUUGUUAUUCAAUAUGUAAUAAUUUAAGAAAAUGUUUAAUUAAUCAUUGACAUGAUUAACUUGUAAAGUAUUAUCACAAUGAAUUUAACUAAUCUUCUCCUUGAUAUAAAUUUUGUAGUAAUUGUGAUAAUAUUUUUAUUUGUAUAGUUUUUUUAUUCGUCUAGACUUUUACUUGUGUAGUGUUUUUAUUCAAUAAAUAUUAUAUAUUUAGUUUUAUUCAAAUUAUUAAAUAAUUUUAUAUAAUUUCUGACGGAAGUCUUAUUAUUUCUGAAUAAAAAUGACAUUUUCAUUCCUUUA